CUAACCCAAGCCAGGCCAUGUCGAUGACGGUUCAUACUCUCUCCUCUCCGAACCCCUCUCUUCUCAACCUCAAAUUCACCUGCCGUUCUCCUAUCACCACUCGAUUCCGUUCCCGCUUCGUCACAUUUUCGUCUUCUCCGACCAAACUUCAAUCCUUCAAUCCCUUAUCGGCUGAUAAUCUCGACGGAUUUUCUGGGAAAAGACCAGAACUUUUGUUCGGAAGAAAGUUUUGGGUUUGUUUGGCUGCGAAGAAUGAUGAUAAGGGCGAUGAAAUUGAUGAAGAAGGCGAGAAAGAGGCUAGAGGGGAAAGUACUUUGCCCGAGCGCUUCAGGUACUUAACGGAAGAAGCUCCUGACCUUCCCUUGAGAUGGCCCUGGUUUGUAGCUGUGGCUUUUCUUAUCUAUGCAUGGAGAACAGUUUUGUUCGAAUUAUAUAACUGGAAAAAGGCUGCCAUUGCGAUUGUCCGUUUUGCGGGAUACCUCUUGAAACUUUUAUUAGCCCUUAUGAUCCAUUUCAUAGGGGAUCCAAUUACUUCCCUAAUCAGAUGCGUUGAGACUGCACUGUACACCGUUCGAGCUUACUACUCCGGCAUUGUUGCGUAUGCUCCAGUUCCAGAGCUUACGACAAUUAUUAUCCUUUCAUCAGCUGUUCUUGCCAUUGCAGAAGCCACAGUUCCAGAUUCAGUGAGCAGUCAACCUCAUAUUCUCACCAUCUCUGGCCUAAUUGGCUAUGCAGCCGUGAGAGGCUACAUCUCUGAACCUUUCUUCUGGACUUUGUUAGUGGGGUUGUACACUUUUUCGCGACUUGUUAAAAAGAGGGAUGAUGUUUCAGCGGCACUGCCUGUGGCUGCUGUUCUCGCUGCUAUUGGAGAACCGUGGGUUAGAGUUUUAGCGAUGGCUUCGUAUUUGGCUUUAGCUAUUUCUCACCAUUCAAAGAAACUUCGAGAAGGAAAGGAAAAAGAGGUAGUAGCAGCUAGGAAGCUUCCACUGCCGUUGCUCGGUGUUGCCUUAGCCAUUGGAAUCCGUAUUGCUGCUAAGUGGGCUGGCUACAGGCAUUUGACAUGGAUGGUAGUAUAAGAAAAGGGCUAACAUCAGAGACUACGUUUCGGUUUUGAGAUGCCUUAUGAACUGGAUACUUGUGGCAACAAGACAAUCAGCUAAUUUUCAGUUCUUGUUUGCUAUUUCUGGUGUUCUUUCAAUACUGUAGAGUAGUGCUUAGUAUUCUUCUUGUUCUUUCUAGAAGCUGAGUGUAGAAUUGUUGAUAAUUCAGAAUCCUGGUUGGGUUUUUGUCUCGUGUUCUUCAAGCUGAACAGUUUUGUAGAUUGGCAAUGUAUGGUAACGCUUUUAGCAGUUUCAUGUAUGGUAACGCUUUUAGCAGUUUCAAAUGCUUUCUUGCUAUUAUCUUAAUCUCAAGAACUAGUGUUACAAUGAAUAGA